CCAUUGGAGUUAUGGGACAUUGUUCACCAUCAGGGGUCAUUGUCUAUUUUUGGAGUUUGUUGCAGUUUACAAGCAAUCAGCAGCCAGUUGUUACGAGCGCUAUAGCUACGAGGAGAGGAAGAGAGACGAGUGAUGAUGAUGAUCGCCUUUCCAGCAGGUGCAUGUGGCGCAGGUUUUUUGUCUGAGAGAUUCUUGUGGCCACGCCGUGACGUAUAAUAAUGGUGUAAGAGACAAAGUCGGGAUAUAGGUUUUUGUUGGGUGGAAAUUAAGCCAGAUUCUUGGUGUUGGGGAAGAGUGCAAGAAGCUGUCAUCCUAGAAGCGCGGACGGUGGCAGCUAAGAGGGAUGCCUUGCUCGCGCUGUUGGCUCUGUGGGAGAUGGAGGGUUACUCUGAAGGAGGCACCGGUGAGGGCCUGGCGGACCAUCUUCGUCAUGAUCGUACUCCUUGUGUCAUGGCUUGCUUCAACAUUUCCACUUCUUGUAGCUAUUGCUGACGUUGGCCUGCCUUGCAUUUUGCUACGGAUUGCAAAUCCCUGCCCCCCAUGCUUGCCAUUGUCGCCGUCUGAGGGUUGGGGCAACUAUUCCAUACGCUCAUCGCUCGCGGAUAUUUUGAUCGUGGCGGUGGUGCGGUCCCUUGCAGCAAUAUGUGCUUACUUCAUAUGUGGAAUGCCAAGUUUCUGCCAUGGCCCAUACUUGGUUACCUCUGUUGGUUUUGGAGCUGCUUCCCUUCUUUUUGUUGCAAUCAAGGCAGCCAUGUUUGACUACUCAGGAACAAGCGGGGACAUUGUCGUGUCUGCUGGAGAGGGGACGCCAUCAUCGUCAUACGAACCGAGCAAGUGGCUUGCACCAGCAAUGCUUACCUAUUCUAUGAUGUUUGCAGUUUUACAUAUUCUGGUUGCGUAUCGGGAAGUAUUUAGUGCGAGACGGAAGCUUCGCCUUCAACGGCUUGACGAUGACAUCUCGGGUCAGAUAUCAUCAGAUUACUGGAAACUACCACUGACGCCAGGGUCUGCGAAGGGAAGGAAACCCUCGUUUGACGGGGAGGGAAAACCAUCAAGUGAUGAGAAUGACGAUGAGAAGGAUCUCCCCCCACAGAUGCUGGCUGAUCCAGACAGCGAGUUUAUGGAAUGUGAAGGUAUUUCUGUCCACUUCAAGAAGAUAGGAGUGGGCAGCCCGCACUCCGCAUUGUCACCAAGUCGACGUGGGGGUUCGAUCGGCAGCUGCAGUUCCGCUGUGACGUUUGUGUCCUCAUCGAGCUCAGUCGCAUUAGCGGACUGUUUGAAUGCAUGUGUGAGCGGACCCAAGUUAACGCAUUCUCUCUCGGGUGGAAGGCAGUCAGCACCGUCUUCCAGAUUGAAUCUACGGCAAGUGGACAGCUGUUCAGAUACCGGUGAUAGCUUGAGUCAGCCGCUACUUAAAAGCUUGUCUGGUAGUGGCACAGUGCUAUACACAGGUGUUCAUGUGGAGGAGUGGGACCGUGUCCCAUUUCCAGUCGGCAAUGGAGAUGUUGAAGGACGAAGGAAGUGGUCAGAUGACGUUGGUGUGGUGCUACUCCAUGGCUUCGGUGGUGGGGUGUUUUCCUGGAGGAAUGUCAUGCCACUUCUUUCAUUACAGUUGGGGUGCACAGUGGUGGCAUGCGACCGGCCUGGGUUUGGGUUGACGUCGAGACCAAUGCGUGCAGAGUGGGAGCGGGCAGGAAGACCCAACCCGUACAGACUGGAGUCCCAAGUGAACCUGCUGAUGAGCUUUUGUCGGUCGCUUGGACUGCGGUCUGUUGUCUUGGUGGGGCAUGCAGACGGUGGCCUGCUGGCACUAAUGGCAGCGGCAGCUGCAAUCGAAGCCCCUGAUUCUGCCAGAGAGGAGAUGGUGGAGGUUAAAGGGCUGGUGUUGCUGGACACAAGUCUAGUACAAGGAGUUAUGCCAACCUUUGCCCGCGUCCUUUUGCAGACGUCUCUGGGGAGACGAAUGCUCCGUCCCCUUCUCCGAUCCGAGAUUGGAGAAGUGGCGAACCGACGGGCUUGGUAUGAUGCUCGAAAGCUGACCCCUGAGGUUCUGAAGCAUUACAAGGUUCCAUUACGGGUUGAGGGAUGGGAUAGUGCCCUUGGUGAGGUGGGGAGGUUGCCGGCGUAUGGAGAUAAGGCAAGCACAGCAGCAAUGUUGAGGUCGAUUUCAUCACUUCCAGUGAUGAUUGUGGCUGGCGCAAAUGAUCAAAUUGUAUCUUCCAAGCAAGCAAGUGUUCUCGCAACUGAGUUUCCACUCUCGAGACUCCUUAUCAUUGAUGAAUGUGGUCAUCUUCCGCACGAAGAAUGCCCAGGUGCGCUCCUAUCAGCUAUGGUGCCGUUUGUGAGGAAGGUCCUUGAGAGCUCGGGGAAGAGCCAAGUGGGAUGUGGUGCCGUGUAAUCUGGUUCUCUAGUCUUCAGUGCAUAAUAACAUUACCUGAAUGAAUAAUGAUACGUCUA